GGGACGAAACGGCUUCGGAGUACUGAUUUGUGCGUUGUUUUGUUGAAUUUCGAUUAGCACGCAAAGGAUGAAUUAUAAAGGAAAGGAGAAAUAUAAUUCCGUCAACUAUGUGACUGGGUUCGCUCAGUGCCUGAUCGAUAGGAACACAUUGAUCGAUCUGCAGAACGAAACAUCGGUAGCGGGAACAAUAGUUGACGUUGAUGGAUUUAUGAAUGUGACCAUGGAAAACGCGGUUUACAUCGAUCAGCUUGGUCGGCAGUAUCUAUUGGACAACUUUGUGAUCUACUCCAAGUACAUACGCUACAUACAUGUCCCGAAAGAUAUGAACAUAAAAGCAUCGUUUGAGGAUUAUCUAAAUUCGGUGACGGUUAAGAAAAAACCGGUGGAUAAGAAACGCACCUUCAAACAGAAACGUGCCAUGCAGAACAAUAUUGCAACGAUGCUUGAGAAUAAUAUGGUGUGACCCUCGGGGAAUUGUUGCGGUAUUGCAAAAAUCAAUCGUGAUAAUUAUCAGUUUAUUAUCGACUCACAAAGUCUGCAUGAUAGAACAAUACUCUUCAGAUAAGGAAGGAAAAAUACACAAAGGUACGGAAGAAUACAUAUCAUUCGGUAGUCAUAAGUACACGGUAGAGAAUGUUGAGGUAACCAAAAACAAAAC